UUACUGGUGAUCUGACUCCAGCUCAGCAAACAGCCUAACACCCAAUUGCUGCUGCUGCAGGCGGGGCGCAUUUCUGAGCUCGGGAAAGUGAGACUAACCCUGUGAGACUGUCCAGAGGGAGCCAUGGCCACAGACAACCCCGUGGAAAGUCUCCAGGAGGAAGCUACGUGCCCCAUCUGUCUGGAGUAUUUUAAGGACCCGGUGAUUAUAGACUGUGGGCACCAUUUCUGCCGAGCCUGCAUUGCCCAGUGCUGGGAGGGAUCGAAUACAGACGUCUCCUGCCCUCAGUGCAGAGAAACUGUGCAACAGGGAAACCUCAGGCCGAACAGGAAGCUGGCAAAUGUUGUAGAAAUGGUCAAACGGCUGAGUUUACAGGCAGCAAAGGGAGCAGGAGAGGAGAGGGUGUGUGGGGAACACCAGGAGACUCUGAAACUGUUCUGUGAAGAGGAUCAAACUUCUGUCUGUGUGGUUUGCCAUCUGUCCCGGGCUCACAGAGAGCACAGGGUGAUUCCCAUAAAGGAGGCUGCCCAGGAGUACAAGGGGACUUUUUACACCAUGGCCGGUGUUAACAAUCACUGUUUUGCUGGAUGCAAAGGCUGCUUUUCCGCCUCCUGUCUCUCACUAGCCCCUGCUGGCUCCCUCCCUCCCUCACUGCUUCCCUGCAGCAGCACCGCAGGGGUGUCACCGAACAGCUCCCCAGGAGCUCUCAGCAGCAGCUGCAGCAGCAGCCUGGGCCCUUGGGCAGAGGGCAGGCGAGAACUCGAGGGCUCAGAGAAAAGAGAAAAAGAGAAACUCCAGGGAGCCCUGGGCCCUCUGACGAAGGAGCUGGAAGAGGCCCUGGCUCUGAUGUCUGCAGAGGAGAAGAAAACCACAGAGUGGCAGGGGAAAGUGAAGAAUAGGAGAGAGAUGAUUGCAGGUGAAUUUAACAAACUGCACACACUGCUGAGAGAGGAGGAGCAGCUGCUUCUGCAGAGCCUGGAGGAGGAGGAAAGGGAGACUCUGCAGAAACUACAGGAAAAUGUCACCAAACUCUCCCAGCAAAGCUCCUCUCUGCAGCAGCUGAUCACAGAGCUAGAGGAGAAAUGUCAGCAACCAGUUGUGGAGCUGCUAAAGGAUGUGAAAAGCACAUUGAGCAGGAGUGAGAAUGUGAAGCUCCAGGAACCAGAAGCUGUUUCUACUCACCUGAAGAACGUGUAUAAAAUUUCCCUUGACAUGGGGGAAGCGCUGAAGAGAUUUGGAGUGGACGUGACUCUGGAUCCAGACACGGCAAGUCCCGGCCUCGUCCUGUCUGAGGAUAGGAAACGUGUGAGACUCGGAGACAAACGCCAGGAUCUGCCCAACAACCCUGAGAGAUUUGAUACGUACCCUGAAGUUCUGGGCGCUGAGGGGUUUGCGGGCGGGAGGCGUUACUGGGAGGUGGAGGUGGGAGACAAGCCAGGCUGGGAACUGGGGGUUUGUAGGGAAUCUGUGAGCAGGAAAGGGGAGAGCACAUUCUCACCUGGGAAUGGAUUCUGGGUCGUGUGGCUGGAGGAAGGGGAAUACAAGGCCGGCACCUCUCUCAGGACCCCCCUCCCCGUGAGCGUCAGGCCCAGCCGGGUGGGGAUUUUCCUGGACUAUGAGGCAGGCGAGGUCUCGUUUUACAAUGUGACUGACAGGUCCCAUCUCUUCACUUUCACUGACACCUUCUCCGGGAAGCUCCGCCCUUAUUUCUGUCCUGGUCUCAACGCUGGGGGUACAAACGCGGCUCCCCUGAUAAUCUGCCCGGUCCCAGCUCAGGCCGGAGGGAAUCUCGGUCCCGCUAAGUGGGACACAGGCAUUGGUAGCAGCCUGGUGUAUUGCAGCCUCCAGGAUUCCCCAGUGGCAGCAGCUGGUGCUGCCCCCUACACUCAUUUCAUGAGACCUGGCUCUGUCUCCCCAGGCCCCCGGGCUGUGACAAGAGGGGUGAGUCACUGCAGCUCAGCUCAGCUCAGCUCAGGGCCUGCUGGGAACAGGAGGAAGGAAACGCCCCAACUCCAGCCAAACAAGCUUCUCUGCUCUCAGGAAAGUGAAACUAAACUGCAGCGGCUGUUUCCCGUUUGCAGAGGAGCCAUGGCUGCCGGGGACCUGGCAGGGAGCUUCCAGGACGAAGUGACUUGCUCCGUCUGCCUGGAGUAUUUCACAGACCCGGUGACUAUUGAGUGUGGGCACAACUUCUGCCGGGCCUGCAUCAGCCAGUGCUGGGGGGAGUCGGAGUCAAACUUCUCCUGCCCCCAGUGCAGAGAAACCGCCCUGCAGCGAAACCUGCGGCCCAACAGGCAGCUGGGGAACCUGGUGGAGUUAGUGAAACGACUGAGGCUCCAGGCGGUGACAGAGCCCGAGGGGCAGAGAAUGUGUGAGAGGCACCAGGAGGCUCUGAAACUGUUCUGUGAAGAGGAUCAAACCCCCAUCUGUGUGGUGUGCGACAGAUCCCGGGCUCACCGCGCUCACACGGUGGUUCCCAUCGAGGAGGCUGCCCAGGAGUACAGGGAGCAAAUUCUGAGCCGCCUGCAGCAUCUGCAGGAGGAGAGAGAAGAGCUCCUGGGACUGAAAUCCGACUGGGACAAGGAAAGUGAGAGGCUCCUGAGGCAGACGGAAGUGGAGAGGCAGCUGGUGGUGUUUGAGUGCGAGCAGCUGCGCCAGUUCCUGGCUGAACAAGAGCGCCUCCUGCUGGCCCGGCUGGGAGAGCUGGACCAGGAGAUUGGGAGGAGGAGGGAGGAAAACGCCACCCACCUGUGUGAGGAGAUUUCCCAGCUCAGCGCCCUGAUCACAGAGCUGGAGGGGAAGUGUCAGCAGCCUGUGCCGGAAUUGCUGCAGGGUGUCAGAAGUGCCGUGAGAAGGGGCGAGAAGGUGAUGUCUCCACAUCCGGCUCCCAAGUCCCCUGAGCUGGAAAAGCGAAUCAGGGAUUUCCCUCGAGAGAACAAACUCCAGGAGGCUGUGACGGGAUUCCUGGAGGGGCUGGCUGCAGAGAGAGGACUCAGAAGAGCCCGAGGAUUCGCAGUGGAUGUGACUCUGGAUCCAGACACAGCAAAUCCCAACCUCGUCCUGUCUGAGGAUCGGAAACGUGUGAGACAUGGAGACGAAGAACAGGCUCUGCCUGACAAUCUUGAGAGAUUUGAUCCUUGUCCCUGUGUCCUGGGCGCUGAGGGGUUUGCGGGCGGGAGGCAUUACUGGGAGGUGGAGGUGGGAGACAAGACAGGCUGGGACCUGGGGGUUUGUAGGGAAUCUGUGCGCAGGAAGGGGCAGGUCACACUCGCACCUGAGGAUGGAUACUGGGCCGUGUGGCUGAGGGAUGGGGGAUACGAGGCCCUCACCUCCCCCUCAAGCCCCCUCCCCGUGAGCGUCAGGCCCAGCCGGGUGGGGAUUUUCCUGGACUAUGAGGCGGGUGAGGUCUCAUUUUACAAUGUGACUGACAGGUCCCAUUUCUUCACUUUCACUGGCACCUUCCACGGGAAGCUCUGCCCUUAUUUCUGUCCCUGUAACAACUCUGGGGGUACAAACACAGCUCCCCUGAUAAUCUGCCCGGUCUCAGCUCAGGCCGAAGGGAAUCUGUCCCUGACAGCAACAACGAUAGCAGACGCUGUCCCCUCCCAGUGCUGACCAUCCCCCAGGCCUGUUGCCAUGGGGAUGGUACAAAGGGCAUCACCUGCCUCCCCCCCCCCCACUUCCUCCUGUCAUGACCUUGGGGUUCAUUAAGCAACAAACCAGUGAAUGAGAAUAAAACAUAAAAAAAAAAAAAACUAGAGAGCUUCUGUGGUGACCAGCUGUGCACAGCUACCCUGUGUUCUCAACCCCACCUUCCAGGCAUAUAUCUAAAUCUCUGUAUUCCUAAUCCUGUCCCUUAUGAGGGAGCAGCUCUAAAUUAUAAUCUUCCACAAAGAUAUCACUGUGCUCUCCCUUCUUGAUCCCCAGCACCAGGCCUGUGAGCUGGGAGAGUGGAGAGGGGCAGAGAAGGAGGUGGCGAGCAGGCUAUAAGCUGUAGGGGGUGCAGGGGCAGAGGGACAUGCAAUGUCAAGGGUGGCUGUGUGGCCAAGGCUGGGGUGGGGAGGGGGCUGUAGCAGCAGGAAGAGAAGAGCCCAGGUCACAAAAGGAAGAUUCCAGGGAGCGGGGUGAGGAUGUGAUGAGAGGGGGAGGGGAGAGAGGCCAUAAGGAGGAAGACCCCUGGCCGAAAUGGCGGAGAGGAGGAGAUCCCAGUGUGGGUAGCGGGAGCUCUGAGAAGGUGGGUAGGGGGUUAUGGGAAUGGUGAAGGGGCAGAGUGGGCAGAAGGGGGGAUUCAGGAACAGAGAAGGCUGGAGCCAGGGGAGGAAGGGAUGUGAGGGAGAGAUCUGGGCCCCACCAGCAUUCUCAGUCUCUUGUUCUAGGGGAGUCAUUGAGUGUAUGGUGGCUCCCGACAUAGGGUGUCCGUCCUGUUUUUAACGGCACAGUCCUGUAUUUAAGCCCUAUGGUAGGUGUCCCGCCUUUUUUUUAAAAAUGGGCAAAUUGUCCCAUAUUUUCUGCUCCCCCUGCUGGUCAGUCAGCGCAGCCCCAGCUGUGUCUUGUUUGUGGCUGGCGAGCGAGUGUGGGCAGGCGGUGGCUCAUCAGUGAGAGCAUGUACUAGCCUCAGGCCAGGUGGAGAGGCAGGAAGAUGACACAUCAGGUAGCCCCUGUGCAAGAGGCUAGGAGUGUGUGUCUAUAAGGCACACUAUAUAAGGCCCUGGAAACGCCCCCCCAUUUUGUCUUCAGAUAGCUUAAAAGAUAACCUCUCCCCCCCCAAAGAGAUACCUGAAAGAAACUGGAACAAAGGUGAGUAACUGCAAGGGUGGGAGGGAUUGCUGGACUCAGACUAGGAAGGAGUCUAGUCUGUCAAAGAAGCUUAUUGGAACAUCUCUGAGGAUGAGAUUUGCCUGCAUUUAGUUUCCUACUGUAUUAGGCUUAGACUUGAGUGUUUUUGUUUUAUUUU